UCUCUCGCAGAUUCAUCAGAUCCCAACCAAAGAGAAAAAAGCAAAAGCAAAAGCAAACCUGCACCGUCUCUCUCUCCCUCUAUAGACUAGACCUUUUUUUUUUUUGGGCUUUCUUGUUCUUAUCUUUUUCUUUGAUUUGUUUUUUGUUUUUCACUCACUUGAAAGAAGAGAAGUUUUCUUUUUCCUCUUGGCUAGGGAAGUUCUUUUACUUGUCCUUUUGGGUUCCAUCAUCUGCUGAUAGGUCUUUCGUUGAUGUAAUCGGGCUUGGGUUUUUCGGUUCCAAACGCUUCAUUCUUUAUUAACCGAUCUUCAAGGUAUUAAAGUCCGCAGAUCUGAAAGUUUGAAGGAAGUCUCUCUUUACGUUUCUCACUUGAAAAACCUUGUUUUUGGUUUUUUGGGUCUCUUUGUCUGAAUCCAAAGAUGAUGCAUCGGCCUCCACCACCGGAUGAUUUUGCCCUUAAGGAGACCAAUCCCCACCUUGGUGGUGGAAAGGUCAGUGGGGACAAGCUUACGAGCACUUAUGACUUGGUAGAGCAGAUGCAGUACUUAUAUGUUCGGGUUGUCAAGGCAAAGGAUUUGCCAGGGAAAGAUGUUACAGGUAGUUGUGAUCCUUAUGUUGAGGUUAAGCUUGGAAACUAUUUGGGUAAAACUCGGGUUUUUGAGAAGAAGACUAAUCCUGAGUGGAAUCAGGUGUUUGCUUUUUCAAAAGAUAGGCUUCAGGCUUCAGUGCUUGAAGUUACUGUCAAGGACAAGGAUGUUGUGAAGGAUGACUUUAUUGGGAAGGUUUUCUUUGAUCUCAAUGAGGUUCCAAAAAGGGUUCCACCGGAUAGUCCACUGGCACCGCAGUGGUAUAGGUUGGAGGAUAGGCAGGGGAAUAAGGCUAAGGGAGAGUUGAUGUUGGCUGUUUGGAUGGGAACUCAAGCUGAUGAAGCAUUUCCUGAAGCAUGGCAUUCGGAUGCAGCUGUAGUUAGUGGGGCUGAUGGUCUUGCGAACAUUCGAUCAAAAGUAUACCUCUCUCCUAAGCUUUGGUAUUUGAGGGUCAAUGUGAUUGAGGCUCAGGACUUGCUACCAGGUGAUAAGGGUCGGUAUCCUGAAGUUUUUGUCAGGGCUAUCUUGGGAAAUCAGGCUUUAAGGACUAGGGUCUCCGUGGCUAGGGGUAUUAAUCCAAUGUGGAAUGAGGAUCUGAUGUUUGUGGCGGCAGAACCUUUUGAGGAGCCCUUAAUUCUGAGUGUAGAAGACAGGGUUGCUCCUAACAAGGAUGAAGUUUUGGGAAAGUGUGCAAUUCCUUUACAAUAUGUUGACAGGAGACUUGAUCAUAAACCUGUGAAUAGUAGGUGGUUUAAUCUUGAGAAGCAUGUUAUUGUAGAAGGAGAGAAGAAGAAGGAGACCAAGUUUUCCAGCAGGAUUCAUAUGAGGAUCUGUUUGGAAGGUGGUUAUCACGUUCUGGAUGAGUCAACCCAUUACAGUAGUGAUCUGAGGCCGACAGCAAAGCAGUUGUGGAAGUCUAGCAUUGGGGUUCUGGAAUUGGGGAUUCUAAAUGCACAGGGCUUAAUGCCAAUGAAGACAAAAGAUGGACGGGGGACAACUGAUGCUUACUGUGUUGCAAAAUAUGGCCAAAAAUGGGUUCGAACGAGGACAAUCAUUGAUAGCUUUGCACCCAAGUGGAAUGAGCAGUAUACAUGGGAAGUUUUCGAUCCUUGUACUGUCAUAACUAUUGGGGUAUUUGAUAACUGGCAUUUGCAUGGAGGAGACAAGGCUUCAGGUGCAAAGGAUUCUAAGAUCGGGAAGGUAAGAAUUCGUCUCUCAACACUUGAAACCGAUCGGGUUUACACUCACUCAUAUCCACUUCUGGUGCUACAUUCAAAUGGAGUCAAGAAGAUGGGUGAAAUUCAUUUGGCUGUGAGGUUUACUUGCUCUUCCUUGCUUAAUAUGAUGCACAUGUACUCGCAUCCUCUUUUGCCAAAAAUGCAUUAUCUUCAUCCGUUGACUGUUAGCCAGCUUGAUAGCUUGAGGCACCAGGCCACACAGAUUGUGUCAAUGAGGCUAGGACGGGCUGAACCACCAUUGAGAAAAGAGGUGGUUGAGUAUAUGCUAGAUGUGGGUUCACACAUGUGGAGCAUGAGAAGAAGCAAAGCUAAUUUUUUCAGAAUUAUGAAUGUUUUGAGUGGAUUAAUCGCUGUUGGAAAAUGGUUUGAUCAGAUUUGUAAUUGGAAAAACCCUAUUACGACAGUAUUGAUUCACAUCUUGUUUAUCAUACUAGUCCUCUAUCCUGAGCUUAUUUUGCCGACAAUUUUCCUCUACCUCUUCUUGAUUGGGGUUUGGUAUUAUAGAUGGAGGCCAAGGCAUCCUCCUCACAUGGACACUCGGCUUUCUCAUGCAGAUUCUUCACAUCCUGAUGAACUGGAUGAAGAAUUUGACACAUUUCCAACUUCUAGGCCAUCUGAUGUUGUCAGGAUGAGAUAUGAUCGACUGAGAAGUAUUGCUGGGAGAAUUCAGACAGUGGUUGGUGAUUUAGCAACACAGGGUGAGAGGCUGCAAUCUCUUUUAAGCUGGAGAGACCCAAGAGCCACAGCUUUGUUCGUAAUUUUCUGUCUGGUUGCUGCCAUUGUUUUAUAUGUCACCCCAUUCCAGGUUGUGGCGCUUCUCACAGGAUUUUACAUCUUGAGACAUCCAAGGUUUCGCCAUAAGCUUCCUUCAGUGCCUCUGAAUUUCUUCAGGAGGUUGCCUGCAAGAACUGAUUCCAUGUUAUGAAGAAGACUAUUUUGUCAUGUGCGAUGUCCCCUAGGUGGUAUGGAGUUGGGAUUUUUCCCCUUGUUUAUCCAGACAAGAAGAUGCGGAAACAAAUGGAGCUUGUUUCUUUUGUAUGUUCAGCGGCGGGAUGUUGGGUUCUGGUAUGAUGUGUAACCUUCAUCUGAAGGUAGUAGAUUUUGUGGAUUUGUGUUCAUUUAUGUUAUCUAUAGGAUUUCUGUUUUAAAAAUUGAGUUUAUGGGCAAUGUUCAUUGUAAUUUUUUAGGUUGUGAUUGGAAUUUAACCAAUGCUGAGGCUUCCCUAUCCUUUAUUUGCGUCUAGCAGAUACUUAAAAUGAUGGGGCCUUGUAACGCCAAGCCUAGUGCAUCUUUCAUGACAUGUAGUUCGUUUUGUCUAGUGGUGAUCAGAGCAUACCAUGUCGGCGUGAAGCGUGUGAAUAUUAAAUCUUGGUUAAUGUA